UCAAUGGACAAAACUGCCUCCACUCUCUCCGGCCGCCACCACCCCACGGCGGUGCUGCCAUCACCGCGACUUGUCCGUAGCCGAAGCGGUAGUGGCCCCGCGGCCGCUAUAACCACCCCCGAGAGAAGUUCACAUAGGUUCAGCUCUAGUGAAAGAUUCACCAUCACCAGUGUCCAACGUUCAAAAUCAACAUCAAGAACAAGAGCAACCAACAAUGAAGGAAACAAUAUUAACCUAAAUUCCACUUUAACAACUUCCAUUUUGAGCAACCCAACCCACAAUAGGGUUCAUGAGAAGAAGGGUAGAGAUGAUGGCUAUGGCAAGCUCAUGCAACGUGGUGUUAGCCCUGAUAUUAAUAAUGUUGGAGCUUCAAAGAGGACCACAUCAACCAUUAAGUCGCCUUCGGCAUGGGCACUUUCACCGGGAAGGUGGUCACUCAACUCUUCAGUGUGGCCUCAACCCCCGGCGAAAGCAAAUGAUGGUGGUAAUAAUAACAGUAGUAGUAGUGUUGGUGGUCGCGUUAUUAAAGUCUUGAAGUACUUGAAGCAAAGGAAAGUGUCGUCAGUGCAAGAAGAAGAGUACUAUCGCUUUAGGAUUUUGCAUAAUAGACUUUUGCAGUUGAGAUUUAUCAAUGCUAGAGCUGAGGUUGUCAGGGCUAAUGUCAAGAAUAUAGCCGAGAUACAAUUGUUUUCUGUAUGGCUGAGAAUCCUCAUGUUGAGAAAGAUAACAAUACAAAAAAGUAUCGAAUUGAGAAAGAUCAAACAAGUGAUAAAGCUUUAUCAUAUUUUGGAUGGACAACUCUACCUUCUUACUGAAUGGGCACAAUUAGAGAGAAGAAAUCAAGAAUCCGUAGGAAGAUUGACAAGGAAGUUGACAGCAUUGUCCAACAUACUGCCUUUAACUCACACUGUUAAGGUAGACACGGAAUCCGUCUUUGAAGCACUGAAUACAGCUGUUCAAGUAAUGGAGAGUGUGGAACCAUUAAUCGCGAAAAACCAUGAGACCAAGCAGGUUGAAAGGAUUCUUUAUCAAAUUACAGAACUAACCACCACAUUAAAACAGGAAGAAGAGUACUUACAAGAACUUCUUGGGCUUGUUCCAGUUAUUUCUACUUUAUUGGAGAAUGAGAAAAGCAUUCGAGUGCAUCUUAUCCAAACAAGAUGAAGUCCAAUACCGUCAACUAAAUCUGUAGCGUUGCUCAAUGAUGUACUUGAAGAUCCCUUUGCACAUAUUCAAGGGUGGUCAAUAUAUUUUCUAACUACAAGAACUUGUUCGAUAGUGCUACAAUUUUGUGACUAAACGGGCAUGCACAUACACAACUCGUUAGAUGAAGUAUAUGAUGUUGACCUUUGACAAUAUUACUUUUGAAACAUUCCCUUCCGUUUUGAAAGAUUAAACUGAUGGAGAAAGGCAAAUGUUAUAUUUACAGGAAAAUUCUGGUCAACCUAAUUGUUAGGUUUUACUGAAAACCAAAUAGUUCACGUAGUGCCACUCAAUUUUCUUUUUUCCAGUGCUUAAUAAUAUAAUAUUUGGUGUAAACAGCCCUUUUAAGAAGCCUCGCGAUGACCAUUGUUUUCCUUUUCUUC